CCUCACUCGUCGGACAGGAUAGGCUGCAUUGUCCCACACGUUGUCCGAGGAAGGCACACCUGAGCCUGACCGUCCGCGAGUCGCGAGCCUGUCCGCCCCAUAGCUACUCGGGAUCGACCCUACCUACCAGCCGCGCAAAAGACCAAUUGCUGGGAUUUCCAGGUCAGCCAGGAGGUCACUAGGCAGGACCUCCGUCGCUCAGCUCCGACCAGCUAGCCCAGACUAGACGUCCCAAUUUUCCCAUUCAUUCGCAGCCGAGGACGCUCCUCCGAGAUGGACAGCUACUUCUGGAAGAUCUCUACUGUGUUGCUCACCAUCGGUAUGUCUCUUUUGCAAAAUGCUCAUAGUACAACUGUGAUUCCAACGUGUAUCCCAGAAGAAUCAAAUGACAACUGCACUGCUUUAGUUCAGAUAGAAAAUAAUCCUCCGGUGGGUCCAGUGGCAAUUGCAAAAUGUGGCGAGGACAUGCAAGGCUUCUGUUUCCAUGGGCAAUGCAUCUACUUAGUGGAUAUGAGUCAACACGUCUGUAGGUGUGAAGUAGGCUACACAGGCAGCAGAUGUGAGCAUUUUUUGCUAACUGUUCACCAGCCCUUGAGUAAAGAAUAUGUAGUAUUGACUGUCAUGCUUGUUAUUCUGUUCCUGAUCAUCAUUGUUGGGGGCACAUAUUACUUCCUUAGAUGGUACAAAAAUAGAAAAAGCAAAGAAUCAAAGAAGGAAUAUGAAAGGGUGACUUUGAAUGAUGAAAAGAACUCAACAUUUCUACAAGUCUGAAAGAAGCAAAUGGCACAUCCUUACUACUUGCCUGGUGGCAACCUCUUAGUGUUAAUAGUUUGUUUUAUUAAUAAUUAUUAAUAAUAUUUAUGUUAAAAACAAAAAAGGGUCAAACCAUAUAUUUUUUUUCUUUUAAAAGAAGUCCACGGAGAUUUUAUUUUUAUUUUUUUAUUUUAUUAUUUUUGUAUGAUGGAAUGUUUGCUAGUGUAUAAAGUGCAUGUAGUAUUUUAUACAUAAAAUCAGUUUUUUAUAAGAAAUACAAACUCCUGGGCUAAGUGCUUUAUUGAAAGCUACAAAGCUUACAAGCUUGUAUUGGAAUCUAUUCCAAAGCCAUCUCCUGUAAUGUGUCCGGGAUACUCAAGUGAAUGAUGACAAAAGACAGCAAAUGCAUUUCUUACGUAAUAAUUUAUUGGAAAGCAUGGUUCACUGAAAACUGACAUCAAAGGAAUGGGAUUGGAAGAUGAAGAUAUAAUUUGCCUUGGAGUCCUGUGGCAAGCAAAACAUUAAAAAAUGGAAAAUAUGGACAAUGGGAAUGAUUUGGGAAAAAACUUUUUUUUUCCCAUCCGUUUUCUAUUAACAAUUGAAUAUUUAUUUACCACAAGCAACUGUGCUCAGUAUUCCAUUUUAGGACUUAACUGUAAAAAUUCAAAAAUCAAAUAUGCAACUAGGUCUCCAUUAAUGUGAAUAGCAAAUCCUGAUAUUCAAAUUCUCGCCAAAGUUAUAAUUAUGUAAAUCUGAUAACUGCUUCAUCGUCUUGCAAUGCAAAAUUGAAUAAUGCAACAAUUUCAGGAGAUUCAUUAUUUACAUUAAUCAGAGGCCUAGAUGUAUUUUCACCAAUGAAGAUUUUAAAGAUGCUUCCCUAAAUUUUAAUUUUUGAUUAUCCUUUAUAUUCUAGAAGCAACUUAGAAUCUUAUCCUUUUUCUUCAUUAUAUGUUUGGAUUGAAAUAACCUUUUGAAAUAAAGGUUUGGGAUUUCCUCACUGUGAAUUUUUCCAUCAACAGACAACAUAUUCUACACUUUCACAGUCAGUUAUCAUCAGUUACUAUGACCAAAUUAAUUCUUUAUAUGGGGCACCUUUUGUCAGCCUUUGGGUAGUGAAUGUCUUGGAACUUGACUAGAUAGCUCAUUUAUCAAUCAAUAGACAUUUAGUAAAUUUGCACCAAACUUGUGUUAUAGCUUCAUAUUCAGAAGUCUUUCUAGCCUGGUUACAGAUACUCUUAUUAUAUAUAAUAUAUAUAUGUAUAUUUACACAGAUACUCAUAUAUAUAUAUAUAUAUAUAUAUAUAUAUAUAUAUAUACUAUAAGAGCCCAGAUUGACCCUCCAUUCCAAUGAAAAAUUGGAGUAGGAUUUCAGUAAUGGUCCUAUUUGAGUAUUAUUAUAUUUACAAGAGUCUAUAGAUGCUCAUCAAUAUAUUUUGGUUGUUGUUAUGUUGCUGUUGUUGUUGAAUUAUCAGGGGAGAAAAUCCCUUAACAAGAGAAUAUAUUCCAUGUCCCUUUCUCCAAUGUUUAUUUUUACAAAACUUUCAUUUAAAUAGGAUAAGAACUAGAUCCUACAUAAUAUGUGAGCAGACGAAUAGAGUGUGCAUGAAUGAAUGCACAAAUACACAGGCACACACAGAAAAAUUUUGAUGAUCUAAUUUAAUAUUUCAAAGUGUAAUAAUGUUCAGUUGUUGGUUUUGUAAUAAAUAGAAAAGCAAUGCAAUGCAAAAGUCAGUCUGAAAUUAUUUCCUACCAGCAGUGAACUAGAGUUACCAUGAGAUAUUAAAUCACUGAAUGUAUUAUAUACCUUUGGUUUUCUUAUUUACAAAAUGAAUGCUACCCUAUUUCUAUGUGCAGCAUGAUGAGAUUCUUCAAGGUUUAAUACUCCAAAAUGCUAAUGGAGCUAGGAUGUCAUCCUCUUGCAAAUGUCCACCAGAGAUGCAAACCAUACCCUGUCCUAUGCAACUCUUGUCUCUUCUUCCUUAAAUCUGCCACAGAGGGUCUCCCCAAAGUGCUAGUGGCAGAUGAGUAUUAUAAAUAAGCCCUUGAUGAUAAGUGCAUUUUCCCAGUUUAAAAACUUGAUGACUCCAUAGGUACAACCAUUAGCCAAAUAAGGCAAACAUAUAGCCAAAUUGUCCCCUUUUCUCCAGUGGUUUAUCUGUCUGAUCAACAUUUUUAAAAGCAAUUUCACAAUCUUAGAGUUUGUAAGUCAUGAGUUUUUAUGAUACAUUGCUAUGAAGACUGCCCUUCAUAAAAGGAUAUAUGUAAAAUAAUAGAUAACAUUCUUCCAUUGGAUCUAGACUAAUAGUUUAUAGGGACUGCAAGUCAGUUCCUAGAAUAGCUUUUAACAGCCCAAUUCAUUCAACAAAUCUUAAAAUGUCAAAAAUUAUUAAAAGUGAGGAGAGGGACCCGCAGAACUACGUAUCAAGUGAGUUCCCUUCUUUUUUCUCUAAAUUUUUAUUUGCCUUGUGUUCAGAGGCAUAGACCUGCAGACCACAGGGUAGCAACACAGUCAUUAGGUCCAGGAGCUUCAAAACUUUCUACCUUUGAUAGCUAUAAACUAUAAGCCAUUUGGACCAUCGUGUUUGUAAAAAAAAAAAAAAAAAAAUUAAGCACACAGUUGUACCUUGGAUUUAGUGUUUUUUUUCCUUUGAUGACAUAUAUAUGCAUCAUGAUUUGAGUUUUGAGUAAGUUACAUUUUUUAAAAAUAUAUCUCAAAGAUAUCAAGGUAAAAUUAAAAUUAGGAUAAUAAGAAUUAGUGACAUGCCAAAUGUCAUAAUGUAUUUGGUUGCACAAAUUAAAUCAAGUUGUGCUUCAAAUACUUUAAACAUUUCAUUCAUUCCACAGAUUUGAACAUUACCUAUAUAAACACUGAGCACCAUGUUUUCAGUCAGGGUCAAUUUACUUUCACCAGUUUUUAUACCUUGGCAAUUCUAUCUAUUGUUUCAUUAAAAUAAUUGCUCGAUGGCAUCCACUCAUUUAACUUACAGACAUGACCUCUAUUGAAUUCAGUAUAGCAAAGUCAAUUCAGAAUAAAGCAAAAAAUCGGUACUUCUUGAUCUUGGUUCUUAUUCUAACAAUUCCCACUCCAUCCUUAUCCCACCUUCUACUCCAGCUUUAUAAUACAAUUAAACAAUUCACCUCCAAAAGUAAUUGUAUCUUUUCUUGAGAAAACAUAUGAAAGAAAGAAAUACAAAUUGAAAGUGGUAUUAGAAAAGAAAGUAAAUCAACAUGGCUAAGGAUUUGAUUUUCAAAUAAAAGUCACUUAUCAUUUAGUAGCCACAUUGGGAAGUUCCAUUUUCACAUUCUUCAUACAGUUUCAAAGUAUCACACAUUGAAGAUAUCCAUAAAAACCUUCAAUAUAACUUCAAUAGUUACAUUAUUCCCUAUGAAUGUCUUUACUUAACAUUUUUUUCUAUAAUGUAAGAAAAUGUCUGUGUCAAAGACAUAACUUUAAAAGGGGCUAUGUGAUUGGAAGAUAUGGAUAUAUGAAUGGGGACAAACUUGUAAACCUUCAUACUAAACUCAUGACUUCCCAGAAAGCUGUGACAUAAUCCACUGUACACUCUAAUACUAAAAGAGAGAAAAAAAUCCCAAAAUAAUCAAGAUUUGUAGUUGAAUUAAAAGUUCUGAAAACUUAUAACUAAAUAUUUAAUCUUCACCAAUUCCUAAUUUAAUAUAAUCUAUUCCUAUUUGCUUAAGUAGUUUCACUCUUUGGACACAAAAUAUUAACGAGUACUCUAAAAUCUCAUGUCAUCUCCCAAAUGGCACUUUUUUUUGGUUGUAAGGAUUAUAAUUAACUAAAUUCCAGCUGUUUAUUUUAUGAAAGUAAGUUAUACUUUCUUCAGUGAUUACAGUACCAAUAUCUCAUUUCUCUUUAGUUCAAAAAAUGCUAUUUACUAUGGAAGGGAUGUCAAAAUCUGACCCACCUAUUUAUUAUUAUUUUAAGAUCCAUUUUGUUACUUAGUUUUAGAAUAUCAAAACCUUGGCCUAAACAUUUACUAUGUUUUCCCAAUUUCAUUAAGAUCUGGGGAGAGAAUAAGAGGAUAAGUCACUGUCUUUACAAUAUGUCUUAAUAUUUUCACUUCUUCCCCCCAAAAAAUCCAUGAGUAGUAUCUGACUUUCAAAUGUUAUAUUUUGUAUAUUAGAUGGUAUAUUUUUUUCUCAUUUGCCUUCAAACGAUAUAAUUGUAUUUUUAAUUCUGUAAAACAUUCUAAAAUUCAGUUUGUGUUAAAAAUCCUAUUAAACAUAAAAUUGUAUUGUAUGCAAUUUGUUGCUUAUGAUUGUCUGAACAGUAAGAGCCUACUGAAUUGUAUCAAUUUGUUGUUUAUGUCCAGUAUCAGCUUUGAUAGUAAUGUACCUUAAAGUAUUGAAGGAGAAUGACUACAAACAAUUGUACAUCUUAAACAAAUCUAUUGAGAGGAAAAAAAAUUAAACAUAUCA